CAGGAGUGUGGCUCUAAGAAUUCCCCAGUUAGAUGAGAUGAUGCAAUGGCUGUGGAAAGCAGCAGUCUGGCUCUGCUCUGGAAAGCUUUCACUUCACCAAGUACUUCUGAGAGAACAUGUGUCUGUAUGGAAGGCUUUGCUGGCAGAAAAGAAGCAUUCCACUCCUAGAGCAUACAUGGAUUCAGAGGACAUGGGCUCAGGCAAACUAGGAAAAAUACUGAAGCAGAUUUGGAGACAAAACCUGAUGCUACAACAGGCCCUCCUGGGUGAGAACCCUGGUGAAGGGUCUGGCGGGGCCACUUGGAUAGCUACAGUGGUCUUUCUGGGUCAGGAGCUCAGUGGGGCCCUUCACCAACUCUUGGAACACGCUGCAGGCACUCUGCUCUCUACCUGCCAGCAGCUGUAUGCACUGCUCGACAAGGAGAAUCAAUGUAUCCGGAGACAAGAAAUCUCUACUUUCAUAGACUGUCUCAUGAAAAUAAACGAAUAUUUGGGGAGCACUGCUACACUUCUAAAGAAAGAAGAAAAGGAGAUGUGUAAUUUAUGCGGCAUGCAUGAUGAAUGUACCCCACUGCAGACAAUGUCCACCAUUCACGAUAUCAAAGCAGCAGACAUUGCUGCAAGAGGGCAACAAAAUGUCAUAGAAACAGCUACUGUUUCUCCCACAAAUGAAGAGCAAAGUCCUUAUACAAACCAGGUCCAGUUAAAAAAAAAUAAAGCACAUAUGAGUUCAGAAUCAGUGGGGGAAAAAAACAAUACCUCAUUGAAUGGAGAUGUAACAGAGCUAGGGGAGUCACAGAACAAAAUGUUCCCUGAUAAUGAUGAAAAUGAAGACGAUGAACAAACAGUACACAUGACUGUUGAGAACAUAAAUGGCAACAGGGAAGAGAUGCAUGACAUAAUCCAGACAACAGAAAGAGAAAUUCAAGAGACCUCAGAGAGCCAAAGAGAAGAGAUUACCGCAUCCUCAAUAACAUGUGAUAUCUCCAGCAAGUAUCAGAAUAAUCUUCUUUCCAAUGAUUCAGAGAGUCUAAAGCAAAAGAAUAACAUAAUGGAAAAGGAGUAUUUUGAUAUGCUGAGUAAUACCAGCCCCCAAGUGUCUUGUUACAUUACGGCACCAUCAUAUAUUCUACAACAUCUAGAAUGCCGGAUAGUUAACAGCAUGAGUUCUUUAAUAGUGAGCGAUAGUGAAGAGUUGGUCAGUAAUGUCAUCGCUGUUGAAUGUUCAGAUAUGGAAAAAAAAAUUCCAUUUCCAAUAUGCAUUGCAAUUCCAUUUACUGCACGUUACAGGGGAAAUUACAGAGACAUCAUGGUGAAAAUGUCUGACAUAAACCUUCAAUCAAGUUACCUAACCCCAAAUUCACUGGAAGGAAUGAGAGGAAGUUAUAAGGGGACCUGUGCUGAAGUGAAAGUGUACAAGUUGGGUAUCUUUUCUGUUGUGUCCUGUUUAAAGAAAGAGUCCUUCACAGUAACAAAGAAAGGCCUUACUCUUAAGCCAAGCAUGGAUUCCCGAGUGUCCUUAAAUUAUCCUCCAGGAGUUUUCAGCUCACCAGUGCUGGUACAAUUAAAGGUUCAGCCAGUUGACCCAUCCUUGGUGGCAUAUCUAAAAACACAGCAAGAUACUUCUUACCCGGUAGUAUCCACAAGCCCUCUGAUCCAUGUUAAGCACCCAUCAAUACAUCCUUUCCAGAAGCCAGUCACUGUAUUCCUACCUUGUGCUCCACACCCUGAUAAAAAGACCCUUGGGUCUGAGAUAGAUCUUAAAAGAACAGCUAGUGCCACCACCAAUAGGAUCAUACCUUUAUACCUCAACCGGACAAAAAGCGCUUUGCUAAGAAAACCUGGGAACAAUGCCUGUGAACCUUUGAAACUACUGGGAUUCAGAAGCCGAGACGGUGAUUGGUUUGGUCUGGAUGAUGUGGUGGUGAGAAACAUGCAGAGUGGCUUGGUAGCAUUUGAACUGUGUGAACAUUUAGAGAGGUUUGUUGUGCUUCAUCUUUCUUCCAAUGUGGAAAACAGCCAUUUGGUUUCUUUUGUGAAAGCUCUGGAGGAAGCCAUGCUCAGCACCACUGCUUGUGCUGUACUGUGCCACCAGAAAGACAACCCCCGGAGAGUAGUUAUCCUUGUGCUGCCCUCUAAAGAUUUAAGCCAGGUGCUUAGGGGCUUGCGUUUGGAAGCGUUCAGUGGUCCCCCGGAGCCAUCGCGUCCCUUCCAAGUAAAAGAAGGAGACCAGCUUCUUUUAAGAUUUACUGGAAAUAUCUUUGCUUCAAGCAAUGGGAAGGAUUAUGAAAAAGAUUUCAAGCUUAUAUUUCAUUUACAAAGAAAACCCAGGCUGGAACUCCAGAUCAAAGAGAUGGAUGAAUUUGGAAACUAUAGCUGCCCUCAUUAUAAAGGCACCAUUGUAAUUUAUAAAAUACCUAAAGAAAAAGUAGUCCACAACUUGGAUCAAUCUCUUAUACUUGAUGAAAACCAUCAUCAUUUGCCAAUUUGCAAAUUACCAUUGAAAUUGCCAAAGCAUAAAAAAUUGAUCAACCGUCCACAGAGUACCAAAAUAAUUUCUACUGAUCCUGUAGGUGCCCUGUGGGAUAACCUGCUGCACUGGCUGGCCGAGGAGCUCUCGGAAGAAGACGCCGCGCGCCUCUCCUCGUCCCUCCCGGUUCGCCGCAGCACCGUUGAGCUCAUCAGACUGAGGAGCCCUGGUGACCUCACAGAACAGAUCCACGAGCUUCUUUGCUUCUGGAAAAAGUCACUCCCCAAAUCCACCGAUAAAGUUCGCCUUCUGGCUCGUCACCUCCGCCAGAUCGGCAGGAGGGAUCUCGCCGAAGAGCUCAAAUUCAAGUGGGAACAGAAGGUGUUCACGGAGCCCCAGCAGUGGUUUGACACGGCGGAGUGACACCCGCUCGUUCUUUCUUUUGCCCUAGGGAAGGGCCAUAGCUGGUUUGAAGGAGGUUUCUGUCAACAUCUUACGAGCGAGUUUCCAAGUCAAGUUGCUUGAGCUGAGACUCUGAGGGAUGUGCUAGUUGAGACAGUGGAAGAGCACUAAUCAGAUCAUAAAAAGCGUUCUCGGGUUUGAGGGCUCCUUCGUGGCUCAGAGAUGUACCUUCUGCAAGACUUACUGUCUCAAGUUCAGCCAAGUUUAAUAGCAUUUGUAAUAGAGUUUGCUGUGUUUCCAUUUUAAUGCAGAGGUUGUUUUCUAAGUGGGAAGGAAAGCGAUGAUAUACAAAAUCCCCUUUUUUUAUUGUUAUCUACAUAAAAGCAAACCAGUUAUGCAGGACUCCAAGCAAGUAAUUCACAUUAUGCAUAUACUGUGGAACCCGCAGUUAACAAUACCAAAUAAAUUGAGUUGCAGAGACCUGAUGCUGAUGAUAGUAAAUCAGUAAGGAAACAAAUAAGCUUGAAAUAAAUUAAAAAUAGAGUAACAUCGGCCAUUUGCUGCCGCAACAUUUUCUUUUAUUAAAAAAAAAAUAGGAUCUCGGGGUAGGGAAAAAUCUCAUAUUUUAUUAUUAGUAAAAUGAGGUAGUGCAGAGAAAGUAAAAGACCAGUGAAGGGAUUUAGGGCGUUUUAAUGUAGGAAAAUAACGUACUUUUAAAUCAGUUUUCAUAGAAACCUUAUUGUAUAAGCCCUAUAUGUUCAUUGUUAAAAAAUACUGUAAAAAACACACAACUGAAAGAAAAAAAAAUAAUUACCUAAAGCCCCUUCAUCUUUGAUAAUCCCUGUUAACGUCUAGCGUGUAAACUUUGGGACUUCAGCUUUAGCUAAAACAACGUGAUAUGAAUGGGUUAUUAUAGUCGUAUUACCAUUUCAUUAAGGUGAGACCAUCACGGCCUUGGUUUGUCAGCAUCAGUGGUAUUAAUUUUGAUUACUGAAUACCAGAAAAUUUAAUGAAAUCACAUGAAAAAUUAAACACUCAUGUGGCUCUGAAUUUCAAAGACAAGAUUUCCUUCUACCAAUUAACCAAGGUCUUAGAUAUCUAUUUGGCUACAUAUUGAACAAAGAGGAUUCCAAUUUUCAAAUAUAUUCCUAUUAAGACACAUUUUGGUCAUCAAGAUAUGUAUUACUUUUACAUGUUUCUAGAAAGGUACAAUAUUUUUCAUGUGCUCUUGGAAUGAAGAAAACAGACUGAAAUGUUCAUUGUUUUUCUGAAUACAAAGUAGCAGAGAAGUAGAGUUGUUUAUUGCCUGGAGUGAGCCAGACACUUUACCUUUAGCCCUUUAUAAGCAUGAACUGAUUGAAUCCUCCUGACUGCACUAUGAGGUAGUACAUUGCUCCAACUUACAGGAGAGGAAGAGUUUCCAAAGAUUGCCUUGCCUAAGGUCAUAAGUGAGUGACAUAGCCAGGAUCCUUGUUCCAACACUCAAGAUUACUAUUAUGAACAUUUUGGAGUAUUUUCUUCCAGUUUUUCUUUUUUUCCUAGAAGGAAAUAUUUCUAUUGCUAUGUGUAUAGAUGUAUAAAUAUACACUCACCUAUGUGCUCAUACACACAAACAUACUAUCUAUAAAUCACCUUACACAUACUGCCACACUCAUGCACCUCCUUGCUCAAGCACGUCUUCUCACACUGUCCAUGUCUUCAUCUCCCCCACACCCAGGCGCUUCCACUCAAAUGUACACAUACCCUCCCACACACCUCUCACAAACGCCCUUGAAUACAUCUAACUAUCCCUUACACGUACACAGUCUCAUGUCUAUCUGUACAUCCUCACGGGCAUGCGUACAUUGUCACAAACACACGUCUUAGCACACAGCCCACUCUUACCUCUCACACACACUUACAAUCACCCUUCCGUAUAUGCUCACUCACAUACAUCCUCCACAGACAUGCACACACAUAAAUAAAAUACACGUAUUACCUGUUCACUUUCACAAAUACCCAUUCUUCUCACACAUGAAUCCACUCACAUACAUCACAUAUAUACCCUCACAGGCGCUCAUCCCUUCUCUCUCUCUCUCUCUCUCUCUCUCUCACACACACACACACACAGUCUCUGACACAUCUUUCCAGAAUUUAAAAAAAACAGGCAUGUAUUACUGCAACAGUAAAAUAAUAUAAUCAUAUAUAGACAAAAAAAAAAGGGGGGUAUCUCUUGGGCACUAACUCACUCAGGUUAUCAAAGGAAUCGGUCUGAUAGGGCUCCUGUACCUCAUGGGGUUAGUGGGCCACACUCACCCCUGCUCUCUGUCAGCUGACCUGUAUGGACCACAUCAGCGGUUCCUUUGUCUUCUUGUUGGGUUUGGAUAAUGGAAGCCCCAGCAGGAAGUCGGGCAAAGAGAGGAGAGUGAUUUAGAUUAUUCCUGUCUUGCUCCCUUCAAAUUCGCUGGGAUCAGGCUGGAUCCUUCACCCAAAGGCCACCUCUCCUUUCUAGGCAACUGUCUCCUGGAUUUGGGGAUCUGCUCCUCCUCUUCUCUCUUCAGGACUAGGGGAAGCAGCAGCUUUAUUGCCACCCUAUCAAUACCUUGUGGCUCCUCCACUCCUGCCUAUCCUUUAAGAUAAAGCCUCCUUUAAUUUUUCCGAGUAUUAUCAGGAUUUGCAUUAAGAUUUUGAU